AUGGCUUCGAUUCAAUCAACUGAGGUCUACUCGGAUUCAUCCUGUACCUCGGUGGUGUCAUUGACUAUACUCGUGAAUCAAACAUGCUCAUCCUUACCUUGUACGUCGGCGCCCAGUUUUCCUAAUAACAAGAAUUACUACACUGCAAUUCGAUGUCCGUCGGAUGGUAUUUACGAGCACGUACAACAUAUCUUUGGAACAAACGAGUAUGUACUCGUGGACAUGUAUCGCGGAUCACACUGCAACACGUACGUUGAAUCAACAGCGGUUGCUGCCUCCGGGAAGUGUGAACUUGCUGGUACUUACGGCCAAAGCGUCGUUGCCACACUUUUCUCGAAUGGAUCUGCACAUUUGGCGUACUUCCUUGACCCAUCGUGUACCAUUCCUUCCGUUUUGUACGUAAUCAGUGGAGAGGAUAUAACGAGCCAUAAAUGUACGGAGAAUAUGAGAUACUACUCGAGCGUUAAAGGUGCACAAACGAAUGGUGUUGUUUCGUCAUUACCAACUGAAUCACCUCCAGCCACUUCAACAGGCCGUAAGGGUUCCUCACUUAGUACCGCUGUCAUCGCAGAAAUUGUCGCCGCUAUUCUGCUCGUGGUGGCUUUUAUUGCCCUUCUUGUGUACAAAAAACGACACCUACGGCGCAACUCGAACGAAGAACGAUCUUCUUGUCAUACAUACGAUCACAGAGAUACAUAUGAGGCGCAAAAUAGUCCAACAAAGCUUCGUAGCCAAGCGACAACUGCAGUGUCGGAUUUUGAUCAACCCAGCUCAAUUUGGGACGACGACGUCAUUGUUGGAGCUCGUAUUCCUCGCGAGAAAGUGACGAUUGAUAAAAUUAUUAGCCGAGGAGGAUACGGUGAGGUCUAUCUUGGCAGCUAUUACAACAAACCUGUUGCUGUAAAAAUGCUGCUUCCUGAGAAACAAAGAACGAUGUCAGAGGUGAGUGCUUUCCUGUCAGAGGUUAAGUUGAUGGCAAGUCUGGACCACCCUCAUAUCGUAUCGUUCAUUGGAGUUGCCUGGGAUCAGCUUAUCGAUAUUUGCGUUCUUUCGGAGUACAUGGCUGGUGGAGACUUGAAAGCUUAUCUUACGGAGAUCGAACAUCAGGAGCAUCCUAUUGGUUUCGACCAUACAAAGGUCACAAUUGCACUUCACGUUUCGAUGGCGUUGACUUACCUACACUCGUUUUCUCCUCCAGUGAUCCAUCGUGACCUGAAGUCGAAGAAUAUUUUGCUGGACGAGGAAUUGAAUGCGAAAGUGACAGACUUCGGUAUAUCUAGGGAACGUAUUGACGCGACCAUGACAGGAGGCAUUGGAACGUCUUUCUGGAUGGCACCCGAGGUUAUGAUGGGCGAGCGUUACGAUGACAAGGUAGACAUGUUCUCGUUCGGUGUGGUGCUGUCCGAACUCGACUCCCAUGUUUCACCAUACGCUGAAUCAAGGAGCUCACACAGUCAGUCCAAGCGAAACAAGCUCCCCAGCGCGGCGAUCAUGCAGAUGGUAGCUGCUGGCAAAAUGUGCGUGACCUUUUCUGAAGCAACUCCUCGGUCGUUAGUCGAACUGGGACUUGCAUGUGUUGCACUUGACCCGAAAGAGCGACCUACAGCGGUUGAAGCGCUGUACAGGCUACAGCAUAUUUUGGACGAGGAAUUUUAG